AAAUGCAUAAAAUCAUUUCAACGAAUGCUAAUGACUCCUCUAAAGAGCAGCCCCAAAUCAGAAAAUGUUGUUUACGAAGCAUCCGAAAUAUCAUAUCCUGCAUGCGAUGAAUGUUAUGAAUAUCAAUAUAAUCAACAUAGUUCACCAUUUUACUGUCAACCUUGUAAUACAAAAAGAUUUCGUAUGGAAUUUGAUAAAUGGUCUACUGGAAAUGAUAAACUUGAUCAAUUAAUUCAAAAAACGCAUAUUAAAUCAAAAAAUGCCUUUGAAUUAUUGGAAUGGAUUCCUUAUUCAAGUUUAAAGGAUAUUAAUCGCAUAGCUCAAGGUGGAUUCGCCACUGAUUAUUCAGCUAUUUGGCCUGAUGGUCCCAUGCAACGGUUUGAUCUCAAUAAACGGCAAUGGUCUCGGGCUGGCGUUACUAAAGUUGUUUUUAAAGAAUUUUACAAUUCAAAAGAUUCAAGUUUUCAGUUCCUUGAAGAGACUCGAGCUUAUCUUAGAGUUGGUGGCAACAAACCAAUUACCACAAGAAUCUAUGGAAUUUCUCAGAAUCCGAAAUCAAAAAAUUAUGGGAUAGUUAUGAGAAGUGAGGGCCUUGGAAGUUUAAGACAUGUUUUAAAUGAUACUUUUCAUGAGAAAAGUUGGGAUGGAAGACUUGAUAUUCUAUUUGGAAUUUCUUUUUGUCUUUCCCAACUUCAUAAU